UCAUCGUCGCCCUCGUUUUGCUCACCGCAUCUAUUUACCACAGCCGACGGCGAUGUCGUCUUCGAAGCCGCGCCCCGCCGCCUCCAGCUCCGGCGACCUGCCCGCGGACGCGCUGUACUAGGUGCUCCUGCGGAUCCCGGCCAAGGAGCUCUGCCGCCUCCGCGUCGUCUGCCCCUCCUGGCGCGCCCUCACCUCCGACCAGCACUUCGUCGCGGCGCACAAGUCACGCCACCAAACGGCGCCCCCGCUCCUCGCCACAGCCUACCACGACGACAACGGGAUCAACGGCGUUGAGAUUUCGGAUUUGUCCGGCAAUGUGGUGAAGCGGAUACCAAGCGCCGGGUAUGAAGUUGUUCCGAUGAGCAGGUUGUCCGGCGAUGUCGAACGCCAGAUCAAGGGCGAUAGCAUCCGUGUUGUGCGCGCGCGGCUAGACCGCGUCUGUUUCAACUGGAAGUUUUACUCUUGGGCCUUCUCGGUGCUGAACCCGGCCACUGGAGAUAGCAUCGCCUUGCCGACGGGCUUCUCGAAGGAAUUAGCGCAUGAGCUAGAGGUGGAGUGGACAAAGGAAUGGCACUGCCGAGUCGCGUUGUGUGCUUUUGGGCAGGUCUCCUCCACAAGAGAGUACAAGGCGCUCCGCGUCUCUGAAAUUCGUGACCGGAAAGUAUGUGAGGUUAUUACCUUUGAUGACGCCAACCAUGGAAGCUGGAGGAGAAAGCAAGACCCUCCGUCGCCCCACAUCUUUCCCAGUAGAUCAAUGAGAUGUGUGGUCGUCGAUGGGGUGGUGUACUUUUUGAAAGACUUUUACAGCAAUUAUUCUAAAACUGGGGUUAUUACCAUUGAACCUGGUAGCGUAGCUUCGUUUAACCUCGAGACGGAGGAGUGGGGUGUUUUACGUGGUCCAGAACAGGUGCAGAGUUUUGUGCAAGAGAACGAGCAUUACACCUACAUAAAACUUGAUCUCCAGUUAGAAUUGGCAGAGUUGAACAACUGCUUAGUUAUGGUUCAUAAUAUUUAUAGCAUAUCCAUAGACUUGUGGUUUUUGACAGAUUUUGAGAAAGGUAUCUGGGUUAAGAAAUACAGCAUGCCUUCACAAGUUGCUAGGCGUUUUACCAAUCCUUUGCUGAUGUUAGAUGACGGGAGGAUCUUCUUCAGUGAAGCGAAUUUCUUUGGGGAUAGAGAGGGAUUUCUGCGUUGUUAUGACUUAAAAAAUGACACUUACACUGAUGUGCUACAACUGAAAGAUUCAGAAUCCAUUGGCAUUUACGAAGGAAGCCUGCUGAGUAUAUAGAGCAGUUGUUACUGAUGAGGUGAAUAAUGUAUCGUACUAUCUGUUAUUUUACCUUAUGGGAACAAUUAGUUAGACAAUGUACUGAUGCAUGA